AAAAAAACAUAUUGGGCUCUAACCGCAAAUACUAAUAGAUGUGAGCCCAAAAAAAUAAAAGCCCAAAAUUCCAAAAACAGUAUCAUCGUGCUCAACAGCUGGUUCCAUUAAGGUAGAGAGAGUUGCACCCACUCCCAUCCCAGCUAUGGCCUUCUCCAUCAGCUAACGCACACACUCCCCGCCCUCUCUCUGUCACACCCAAUCAAAAAUGGAUCCGAUGCCCAACACCCGCCGGACCCGAAAAAUCCCACCUAAACCCGAACUCUACUCCACCGUUGUCAUCCACGAAGAUGGCGAUUCCAACUCCGAAUCCGAUCGAGACCAGAGGCAGCGGCGGAGCAAGCCCAAGAGCUCCGACCCGGAACCCGACCUCUACGCCACAAUGGUCUACAAGGGCAAUGCUCGAGACGACGAAGACGAAGACGAAGACGACGACGCUUCACUCCCUCCGCUCCUCAAACGCCUUCCCAAAGACUUCGGCGGCGGAGCCUCAAUCGAUUACUUCGACGACGAGGAGGACGAAAAUGGCGGCGAUUUCGGCACUAUGAUCAUCAAGCCCGAUCGCAAUCGGACCACGGGGAGGUCACGUGACUUCAAGCGAGGCUCCAUCGACGAUGACGGAGAUGGCGAUGGGUUCUCCACUUUUGUGGUCAGGUCGUCGAGCGAGAGAGAGUCGAUAAGUGGGACCGUGGUGAGGAGGACGAGCAGCGGCGCUGGUUCGACGAUGAGUAGGGCGGUGGCGAGCAUGCAGGCCUCGUCGGAGUUAGGGUUUGGGAAGCAGAGGAGGGGCAGUGGAUCCUCGCAAGGCGAAGAGUAUCGCCAAACCACUAAAAUGUCGUCGAGUUCCAUACCCGAUAGCGUUACCAGAGAAGACCCCACUGUAAAGUACGAGUUGCUCAAUGAACUUGGGAAGGGGUCUUAUGGCGCGGUUUAUAAAGCUAGGGAUAUAAAGACUUCGGAGCUCGUGGCAAUCAAAGUCAUUUCCUUGUCUCAAGGGGAGGAGGGGUAUGAAGAAAUUUGUGGUGAAAUUGAGAUGCUGCAGCAAUGCAAUCACCCUAAUGUUGUUCGGUACCUGGGGAGCUACCAAGGAGAAGAGUAUCUUUGGAUUGUGAUGGAGUACUGUGGUGGUGGAAGUGUUGCAGACUUGAUGAAUGUUACUGAGGAUGCUUUGGAGGAGUACCAAAUAGCCUACAUUUGUAGGGAGGCAUUGAAGGGCCUUGCUUAUUUGCACUCCAUUUUCAAGGUCCACAGAGAUAUAAAGGGUGGUAAUAUUCUGUUAACUGAACAAGGAGAUGUGAAGUUGGGUGAUUUUGGGGUUGCAGCACAGCUAACAAGAACCAUGUCCAAGCGCAACACGUUCAUUGGCACUCCACAUUGGAUGGCUCCAGAAGUUAUUCAGGAAAGCCGCUAUGAUGGAAAGGUGGAUGUAUGGGCUCUUGGUGUUUCUGCAAUUGAAAUGGCAGAGGGGCUCCCUCCAAGAUCUUCUGUGCAUCCAAUGAGGGUUUUAUUCAUGAUAUCCCUUGAGCCAGCCCCGAUGCUUGAGGAUAAAGAAAAAUGGUCUCUCGUGUUUCAUGAUUUUGUGGCGAAGUGCCUCACAAAAGAACCUCGUCUACGUCCUACUGCAUCUGAGAUGCUGAAGCACAAAUUCAUCGAAAAAUGCAAGUGUGGUCCCUCUGCAAUGCUGGCAAAGAUUGAAAAAGCAAGGCAAAUUAGGGCUUCCAUGGCUUUGCAAGCACAAAGUAUUGCUCCAGUUGAACCGGAAGAUAGUACACUUGUAGUUUCAAAAGUCAAUGAGGAUUAUGGAGAUACUGUUCCUUCAAGGCCUAAUAAUCAAGUGGAAAAUGAAGUAUCUACAGCUAGCACGUUGAGGAAGCAGCACAUAUCUGGUGAUGCAGGACUGGCCGGGGAAGGUAAUUUUGGCACUGUAAUAAUUCACGGUGGAGAUGAAAGAGAUGAGACUGCUAAUCAGACACAAAGUUUUAAUGUCAAAGAACCUGCAGCUGGUCCAGGAUUUCUUGAAAAUCCUUCCAAUACUGGCACAGGAGGUAAACCAGCUGAACCCAGGGUGGAAAAUGCUGGAGGUGUUUCCUUACAUAGCAUUUCGGUUGGAGAACCACAUUCAGUUACACAGACCAUACAGGCAUCUUCUCGUUCAAUUCUUGGCUCUUCUGAGCAGAACCUCAAGACAAAAGGACAGGUUGAAGGUCAAAGCAGUGGCACAUUGAAGAAUGAAACUGUCAACCGGAAAGCUUUUGCAAUGCAAGAUAAGCUUUGGUCCAUAUAUGCAGCUGGUAAUACAGUGCCUAUUCCAUUUUUGAGGGCAACGGAUAUAUCCCCCAUUGCUCUCUUAUCAGAUAAUGUUCUUGGAGGCAUGCAUGAGGAUAAUAAUGGAAGUGUAGCCGUAGAGGCUCUACAGGAGCUUUUUACUGGUGAUGGACAGUCUAAAAAGGGACGAAGAGGACAAAAUGAGAUGCCCCUCCCUCCAAGUGUUUACAAAAGGCUCUUUACAAGUUCAACUCUAAUGAAUCUCGCACAGGCUUUAGCCUACCACAAGAUGUGCUACGAAGAUAUGCCGCUCCAAGAGUUGCAAGCAACUCAGGAACAACAGACGAUUCAAAAUCUUUGUGAUACACUAAGAACCAUUCUUAGAUUGUAGAAAAAUGUAGGCUGCCAGACUGUAAUUUUCUUUCUUUUGAUGGUCUAUAUGUUAAAAGAGUAGAUUCUAUCAAAAAAGAAGAAGAGGCUAGAUAAACUAAACUACAAGGGAGAGGAGCUGUGCGGUUGACAAUGGGUAGGUAGUCUGCAGUUGUUGUGGUCUGCCUUGUACACUGCUGCGGCUUCACUUUGAUGCGUAUGCCGUGUUUUCUUUUCUUUUCUUUUUCAUAUAUAACUUGUAUCAAGUAAAUAACUUUCCUUGUAAAUCACAUGAAUAAUUUUGUGGAAAUGAAAUUAUUAAAUGAAGCGCAUUUUACAUGGCAA